UGCCGUGCCGUGCUCCUCCGUCCCACUCGCUUUCCCUUCCCCCAAAUCGCCGGCCGCCGCCAUGGAGAAGGAGAAGAAGCUGUCCUUCUCCAUCCCCUCCAAGGCCCGGCCGCCCAGGCCGGCCUCGCGCCCCGCCGCCGCCGCCGCAGAGGCGUCCGACGGCGGCGAGCACUCGGCCUCCUCCGCGCGCGCCGCCCCGGCCCCGCAGUUCGUCACCGAGUUCGACCCGACCCAAACCCUAGCCACCGGGCCCGCGCCGGCUGUCAUCGCGCCGCUCCAGAACUCCGGCCACUUCCUCAACCACCGCUCCCGCAAGCCCUCCUCCCUCCCCACCCCCGAGGAGGAGGCGGCCCUCGCCGCGUCCGCCGCCGGUGGCCCCUCCUUCGUGCUCGAUACCUCCACCGCCCCUGACAACCCCUCCUCCCACAUCGCCUAUGGCCUCACCGUCCGCAACGCCGCGGCGGAAUCGGAGAGGGCGGUGGCUCCCGCAGCCGCGACGGAGCCGGAGAAGACACCACCUCCUCCAGCUGAUGCCCCUGGUGGCGACCUUAUGCUGCGGAGGUACAAGGAGGACAUGGCCAGCCUCCCCGAUCACCGCGGCUUAGACGAGUUCCUCGAGGUGCCUGUGGAGGGAUUUGGUGCUGCGCUACUUGCUGGCUAUGGCUGGUCUGAGGGUAAAGGUAUUGGCAGGAACAACAAGGGUGAUACCAAGGUUGUUGAAUAUGACCGCCGUGCUGGUACACAAGGGUUAGGCUACAACCCCUCCGAGGCUGACCCUAAGAAGACCCGCUCUGGUGAAUGGGUUGUUGGUGGGAAAAAAGAGACCCAGAAUGGAAAUGCGAAGAAGAGAGAUCAUGACAGUAGAAGUAGAACAGAUGGUAGAGGAUCAAACACUCGUUACAGUAGAGGUGGAACAGAAGAUAGAGACUCAAGCGCUCACCAGAAGAGAUCCAGUGAGCGUAGGGCAGAGAGAGAGGUCCAAGAAAAGGUUAGAAAUUCUCGAGAUACCAGACAGGUUAAGAUUGGUGGUGGUGGUGGUGACAAGGUUCGCUGGUUACAUAGCGAUAUCAGGGUUAGGGUGGUUAGUGAGAGGUUGAGCAAGAGGCUGUACUUAAAAAAAGGGAAAGUUCUUGAUGUGGUGGGGCCUACAACAUGUGACAUAAUUAUGGAUGAUCGUUCGGAGCUGGUGCAAGGGGUGGAGCAGGAUAUGCUUGAAACAGUCCUACCACGGACGAACGGGCUGGUGCUUUUGCUUGGUGGGGAGCACAAGGGAAUGUGUGGUCACCUUAUAGAGAAGAAUUCAGAGGAGGAAACCGGAGUGGUGGAGCUAUCCAAUACAAAGGACAUGCUACGGGUGAAAUACGACCAGAUUGCAGAAUACAUUGGAGACCCAGAGUCUCUUGAGUACUAACUGUUCUUAUUCUUGAGGAGCUGCCAUUUUUCUACCAAGAGUUCUCCUACAUGCUAGGUGAAGUUUAAAGUAGAAAUGAAUUUGAAAACAUACUCUACUCUAAAACUGGUGAAAACUGACAAGCUAGAAGAUGACACAUCUGCCAUUCUGCCGAUCUGCCCAAUGGGUUUAUUGACCUAAUCAACUGGAAUUUAUGUAUUUGAAGUAUGAUGCCCUUUCUCUGAUCCACGUCAAUGAAAACUCAACAUCUCUAGAUUUUUGCAGAUGGCAGGUGGCAAUUCCCAGUUGUGGUUCUGCAAUUCUCUUGCUGCCAUCUACUUUCUGCUAAGAUACUGUGAGAUGAUUUCCUGCGGAGAUGCUCUAUUGUAUAUUAUACCGAGCUGCAUACAGAAACAUGCAAAUUGUGCUAUUUCCUAGAUCUGUAAUUCUGUAUAUACAAGUAGUGCACAUGAGUAGAUCAAAUGUUAUGGGAGGUUUAGUGACUCAGGGACAGUUUGUGGCUUUUAUCUGCUAAUGCGUCGCUGCAAAUAUGCCAGUUAACCCUUCUAUUUUGAUCUAACCUGUGCCAUCUCAAUUUAACAUAUCGGAAUAUGACUUGAGCCAUAUCUCCAUUUCCGGUUGAUCAUUUCGUCAUAUUUUUGAAGUAUGAUGG